CGUUGUUCACACCUUUUUUCGCGGAUAUGCAACGAUGAUCUUUCUAAGUCUUCUGACUUACCUAGGGGGUUUACUUGGGUUUGCCUUUAUCACGUUGAGUUUGGCCUGUGGAUUGUAUUACCUGGCAGAAUUAGUCGAGGAACACACAGUCUUGACAAAGCGGGUCAUCAAAUAUGCGACAAUAGCAACGAUGGCAGCACACGUUCUGCUAUGGCUAGUAGACGGCCUCCCAUUUCUCCGAAUACUCUUUUCGCUGUCUUGUCACCUCUGGUACAGCCAACUCCUGCGAACUUUCCCAACCAUUGAGCUGUCAAGUGUCGCGUUCGUUCUCAGUUGCGUUCUCGUAAUCGUUGAUCAUUUUGUGUGGUUCUUUUAUUUCACGGAUCACUACCACACUUUCAUGGAAAUAGCAACGUUCUUUGGACUUAUUGUGUGGUUGAUUCCGUUCAUGUACUUUAUUUCGUUGAGUGCCAAUGAAUAUACACUACCGGCCUUUGACACUGCCGCACGGGAAACACCACAGAGAAAAAAGACAAAUCUGGUGAAGACUAUCGCUAGUUAUUUGGGAGUCAUCAAGGGAACCGUCCUUCCAGACGCAAAUUCUCGUAAGCCUUUCUAGGUCGAUUUGCACUUCUGGUGGAGGGUGGAGUUUAUCUGUUUUUAGCCUGCUAUAUAGCAAUAAUUUAUAGUAUCCAAUUUACUGGCACUGAAGAUCCACAAGAAACUUUCUAUUACCGGUCCCCAUCAGAUUGGCGCAAGUGGCCCCAUCAAGCAGAUACCCGCAUAUAAACCAAAAUUACAAUGACACUGAAC